AAUGCUUAGGUGAUCAAGGUUAUACCAUAGAAGAGAGGAAAAAAAGAAAAAGAAUAAUAUAGAAAACAUGAAGGCAACCAGGAGAUUAGUUUCCUUGUUUGUGUUGCUAGUUGCAGUGUUGAGCAUAGUAGAGGUGAAGACAGCUAAUGCAGCUCCUAGCGCUGCUCAGUGCAAAGAAGAAAGGAGGCUUGGGCUUAAUGCUUGCAAGCCAGUUGUGUAUGGUAGGCCACCAUCGCCUCAGUGUUGUCAGCGCAUAAGGGUUACACAUAUAGAAUGCGUUUGCCCUGUUGUCACCCCUAAAUUGGCUGCUCUUAUUGAUGUUAACCGCGCCAUUCGAGUCAUUGAAGGUUGUGGCAGAAGGGUUCCUCGCCAUUUCAAGUGCGGAAGUAUCACAACUCCAUGAAAACUGAACUUGUUAUGGUUUAAUUUCUGUUUAAUUGCUUCUUUAAUUUAGCGUCAGCGGUUGGAGAAGAUGGGUCAAAUUGAAGGAAGUGUAGUAGUACAUCUAGUAUAACUUAAAAAAGAAAAAAGAAAUCUGAAUAAGUUCUUGAUUGUAUCACAUGUAAUCUGGCUGGCUUCUUAGCCAAACUUAUCUUGUUCAGUUAAAAUAUGGUGCAUUAGUAUUUUAAA